AGCUUGGCCAGAGCCAGUCCAGGCACACACCACUGUGCUGGAGUGUACACCUACACUAGACACCUUCCUGCUUCCCUCCUUCCAGAGCAGACCUCUUUGUCGCCCUGACCUCCUGUUUCUUAAGCAGUCAUGUCUGUGACAAAAAGUACCGAGGGUCCCCAGGGAGCUGUUGCCAUCAAACUGGACAUUAUGUCGCCUCCUGAAAGUGCCAAGAAGUUGGAGAACAAAGACUCUACAUUCUUGGAUGAAAGUCCUUCAGAGUCACCAGGCUCGAAGAAGACCAAAGGCAUAACAGGGUUCCAGGCCUUGGUUCACCUGGUGAAAGGCAACAUGGGCACAGGGAUCCUGGGACUACCCUUGGCUGUGAAGAAUGCGGGCAUCCUGAUGGGUCCACUCAGUCUUCUGGUGAUGGGGUUCGUCGCCUGCCACUGUAUGCACAUCUUGGUCAAGUGUGCCCAGCGCUUCUGUAAGAGGCUUAACAAGCCCUUUAUGGACUAUGGGGACACGGUGAUGCAUGGACUAGAAGCCAACCCCAGCACCUGGCUCCAGAAUCACGCUCACUGGGGAAGGCAUAUCGUGAGCUUCUUCCUUAUUGUCACCCAACUUGGCUUCUGCUGUGUGUACAUUGUGUUUUUGGCCGAUAAUUUAAAACAGGUAGUGGAAGCUGUUAAUAGCACAACCAACAACUGUAACUCCAAUGAGACCGUGAUUCUGACCCCCACCAUGGACUCACGACUCUACAUGCUCUCCUUCCUGCCCUUCCUGGUGCUGCUGGUCCUCAUCCGGAACCUCAGGAUCUUGACCAUCUUCUCCAUGCUGGCCAACAUCAGCAUGUUGGUCAGCUUGGUCAUCAUCACCCAGUACAUCACCCAGGAAAUCCCAGACCCCAGUCGGUUGCCACUGGUAGCAAGCUGGAAGACCUACCCUCUCUUCUUCGGAACAGCCAUUUUUUCUUUUGAAAGCAUUGGUGUGGUUCUGCCUCUGGAAAACAAGAUGAAAGAUGCCCGCCACUUCCCAGCCAUCCUGUCUUUGGGAAUAUCCAUCGUCACUGCCCUGUACAUCGGCAUCGGGACUCUGGGCUACCUGCGGUUUGGAGAUGACAUCAAGGCCAGCAUAAGCCUUAACCUGCCUAACUGCUGGUUGUAUCAGUCUGUCAAGCUUCUCUACGUUGCCGGCAUCCUGUGCACCUAUGCUCUGCAGUUCUAUGUCCCUGCAGAAAUCAUCAUCCCCUUCGCCAUCUCCCGGGUGUCAACACGCUGGGCACUGCCUCUGGAUCUGUCCAUUCGCAUUGCCAUGGUCUGCCUGACAUGCCUCCUGGCCAUCCUCAUCCCCCGCCUGGACCUGGUCCUCUCCCUGGUGGGCUCCGUGAGCAGCAGCGCCCUGGCCCUCAUCAUCCCACCCCUCCUGGAGGUCACCACCUUCUACUCAGAGGGCAUGAACCCCCUCACUAUCUUCAAGGACGCCCUGAUCAGCAUCCUGGGCUUCGUGGGCUUUGUGGUGGGGACGUACCAGGCCCUGGAUGAGCUACUCAAGUCAGCAGACUCUCUCCCCUUUUCCAACUCCACCACUUUUAUUCAGUGAGCAUGGCACUGCUCCUUGCCCCUUUUAAUGAAACGGAUCUCUUUUUUUUUUUUUCUUGAGAUGGAUUUUUGCUCCUUGGGCAAUGAUGAAGCCUCGGCUCAUCACAGCCUCCACCUCCCAGGUUCAAGUGAUUCUCCUGCCUCAGCCUCCUGAGUAGCUGGGAUUACAGGCAUGUACCACCAGGCCCGGCUACUUUUUGAAUUUUCAGUAGAGAUGGUGUUUCUCCAUGUUGGUCAGGCUGAUCUCGAACUCCCGACCUCAGGUGAUCCUCCCGCCUCUGCCUCUCAAAGUGCUGGGAUUAUAGGCAUGAGCCACUGUGCCCAGCCGGAUCUCUUUUAUAUGCAUUAUCUUUAUGUCACUGCUUUACCUUUCAUCUGGGCCAAGUCAUGAUGAAACAAGAAAGGACUCUCCAGCUACAAGCUCUAAAUGGUAAUUUUUUUUUAACUUUAUUUUGUUUAUUUCUUCUUCUUUUCACCUGUGGCAUUCCACUACAUUGUGAGCUUUGCCUUGGAAGGCUCUGGAUUCUAUCCUACCUUAUGAUAAUUGGCACAGUGGAUUUCAUACCUAGCGUGGAAGUAUGCAAGAAGAAGCCACCAGAGGGCCCCAAGUGGCAGCAACUGGCAGAAGGAAGUGCAGCCAGCUAAGACUGUCCACACUUUGGCAGACAAUAGGUUUUCCCUUUUCUGGAUCUGUUCAAACAGCAAACACUAAGAGUGGGUACAUAAUCCACAAGCCAGAAAGUUGUACAUGGCUCCAGUGUUGAGGUGGGUAAGGCCAAGAUGACCAGUAUGAAGAAACUCAGAUAGAAAGGAGCCACGCAUGUUAAGUUAGAGGCAACAAACAUUUCAAACCAUUAGAGAAUAUUUUCUCCCAAUUUGAAGAUCCCAACCAUGAGUAGGAGGCAUGGAAGUAGAUGUGCCCAUGGGAGGGAUGAGAGGUGAACAUGAAAAUUAUUUGAAUAGACUUUACUUCUUUUUUUUUUUUUUUUUUUUUUUUUUUUUUUGAGGCAGAGUCUCAUUCUGUUGCCAGGUGCCAGGCUGGAGUGCAGUGGCACAAUCUCGGCUCACUGCAACCUCCGCCCCCUGGGUUCAAGCAAUUCUCCUGCCUCAGCCUCCUGAGUAGCUGGGACUACAGGCACGAGCCACCACGCCCAGCUAAUUUUUGUAUUUUUUAGUAGAGACAGGGUUUCACCGUGUUGGCCAGGAUGGUCUCGAUCUCUUGACCUCGUGAUCCACCCGCCUUGGCCUCCCAAAGUGCUGGGAUUACAGGCUUGAGCCACCGCGCCCGGCCCGACUUUACUUCUUAAUUCUUGCACAUGCAUUCUUCAUUACCUACUGUGUGCCAAACAAGAUUUUGUAGAAUAUUGCAAAAAUGUCCAUAAAUUCCUCUUGAUAAUGUGACUUUGCAGCUGCUCCUAUGAAGAGAAGAAGUCUAUAUCUCUAUGCCUUAAAUUUGUGUUUGUUCUCUCUCCCUCUCUCUUUUUUUAAAUGGAGUCUUACUCUGUUGCCCAGGCUGGAGUGCAAUGGUGUGAUCUCAGCUCACUGCAAUCUCCACCUCCCAGGUUCAAGCAAUUCUCCUGCCUCAGCCUCCCAAGUAGCUGGGAUUACAGGCACCUGCCACUACGCCCAGCUAAUUUUUGUAUUUUUAGUAGAAACAGGGUUUCACCAUGUUGGCCAGGCUGGUCUGGAACUCCUGACCUCAGGUGAUCUGCCCUCCUCAACUUCCCAAAAUGUUUGGAUUACAAGUAUGAGCCACCAUGCCUGGCCUCUUCCCUUUAAAUUUGAUCCUGACCUUAUAACUUGCUUUGGCCAAUGGACAUUAGUAAAUGUGAUGAAGUCAGAGGUUUGGUAAUGUCUGUGUAUCAGGACUUGCAUCACUUGCUGCUCUGUGGAGUUGAGGCCACCAAGUAAAGAAGCCUGGGCUAGCCUACCAGAGGAUCAGAGACCAUGUGGAACACAAAUGAAUGAUCCAAGUUGAGCCCUGUCCACAGAUCAGCCAGCCUGCCAACUUCCAGACACAUGAGUAAAGCCUUCCUAGACUAUAUCCAACCCCAGUCAGGCUGACCCAGACCAUAAGAACUGUACAAAUAAUUCACAGAACUGUGAUAAAUAAUAAAGAUGUUUGUAAUUUUAAU